UUAACUGUGUCACACACACUAUGGCUCAUGCGUGACAGGGACCCGACCCUCUCAACGGCGCCGUAUCAAGAAAAAGUUGUAACAAGCCUCCCGGUGCACAUUAGCGACCGGUCCUCACUCCUGCCGGCCUUUCUUAUCUCAAACUGCAAAAUUCCCUUUUGAACGAAGCAGAAGCAAAAACUGAAGCUCCAAAUUCCAAAUUCCAAUUCGAGUGAGCAGAGAUUGAAAAGGAUAGAGGGGAAAUUGACUGAGGGUUUAACUAGUUUGACCCCAUUGAUUGAUGGAUCAAGGUAUCUCCAACUUUUCUCUGUAAUUUCACUCAGAUUACUCUCUCCUUUUACUGCUCUCUCUCUCUGUUUUCUUGUGUCCCAUUUUCCGGCUUCGAGUGAAUUGAGUAUGUUAUGUUGGUGAUCGGUGGAUCCGCGUUUAUUUGCCCAAUUCUUUCUAUUAUUGUUACUAGGGAAUUUUUUUUCGAGGGUUCAGUCUGGAUUGUUCGAAAGUUGCGAAUUUCGGUCAUUUGGAAUGGAGGGGGUUGAAUUUGGGCUUAGUGGGGGUGUUCACUAAGUGUCGAGGAUGGCUUUGGUUGAUCGCAAUUGAGGGUCUGUUUCUAUGGUGAAUCUUUGUUUAGUUCUAUCAAGUUUUGCUAUGAACUUAUGAGGUAGUAUUGCUUACAUCUGGGCCUAAGGACAAUUGACAAUGCCAUAUAUGGUUGAGUUUCUAGAAUCUGUAUGAUUAUUACUCGUGAUAAAAUAUCACUCUUGUUUUCCGGUUUGAUUCGCUUCAUAUGUGCGGUUACUUGGCUCUGCAUAUUUUGAAACUUCAGCUUCAUGUUUAUAAUGCUUUCAAAGACAUGAGGAUGUUGCCUGAAAUUUUGGGUUGGUGCACCAGUUUACACAAGUGAUUAUUCCGGUAGCAAUGGUUCCUUAGGUCUUCAUUUGGUUGAGCUGAAGUGACUGACGACAUGGGAGUAUCUGGAAAAUGGAUUAAGGCAUUGUUAAAGAAAUCAGAAAAGUCGCAAUCUAUUGAAAAAGAUGACAAUAAAAUAGCUGGUUACAAGUUUCGGGACAGGAGAACGAAUUCCAUUGAGUUUGACACAAAUAGACUUAAAUGUGAGUUUGAUGCAGAUGUUGCUCCACCAGUUGGAGAUGCCAGUACUCAAUUAAACCCAGAUGCUGUGGAUUCUUCUUCUGCCUCACUUCAAAUGCACAAUGCAGAAAGUGAGCAGAAUGUUAGGGAAGAAUGGGCUGCCACACGCAUUCAAACAGCCUUUCGUGGCUUUCUGGCUAGAAGAGCUCUUCGAGCUUUAAAAGGAUUGGUGAGACUUCAAGCCCUUGUCAGAGGCCAUGCUGUGAGAAAACAAGCGGCAAUAACUCUUCGCUGUAUGCAAGCUUUAGUUAGAGUUCAGGCUAGAGUGCGAGCAAGGCGCGUUCGCCUGGCAUUGGAAGGUCAAACGGCUCAACAAAGGCUUCAUGAACAACUUGCAAACGAGGCUCGUGUCCGAGAAAUAGAAGAAGGGUGGUGUGACAGUGUAGGAUCUGUUCAAGAAAUUCAAGCCAAGUUGUUGAAGAGGCAGGAGGCUGCUGCUAAGCGUGAGAGAGCCAUGGCAUAUGCUCUUGCUCAUCAGUGGCAAGCUGGAUCAAGGCAGCUGCCAGUUCCAUCUGGGUUUGAACCAGAUAAAAGCAGCUGGGGAUGGAACUGGUUAGAAAGAUGGAUGGCUGUCCGCCCCUGGGAGAACCGCUUUCUAGAUAUUAAUCUUAGGGAUGGAGUAAUGGUACAUGUGGAUGAAUCAGCUGAUGAUAAGAACAGCAGUAUGCCCCAAUUAAAUUCUGCUGGCAAGAAACCUAUUUCUUCAAAUAUUCAAUCAAAUAUUUCAAGUCAAAAAGCCGGUCCGUGUCAUUCUGAUGGCUGUGAUUCUUCACCUAUUAAGUCGGCCGGAAUGUUAGAGGCAUCCAAUACCCAAUUUGAAAAGCAAAAGUCGAAGCCAAAUUUGGAUGGUGCAGCUGAAGAAAGAAACUCCAAACCUGCUAUUACUUCAAGAUCCCAUAGUAAUCCAAAAGAGAGAGCCACAGAAUCAGACAAACGGGCAAAGAAGCGGCUGUCUCUGCCAAAUAGCAGAGGAAGUAAUGUCUCACAAACUUCCAGACAUCCUAUCAGAUCUAAUGUCAAAGGGACGCCGAGUUCUCAGAAACCCAUCAAGGCUAGAUCAAAACCCAGUGGAAGAGGGGAUUCAAACCCUACAAAGUCAGUCUUGCAAACCAUUGAUGCGUAACUCAGAGGUUCCAUGGAAAAUAACGUUCUUCGCAUUCCCUGUUGAGGUGCUUGCUUUUAUAAAUCUGUACAUAUUGAGCUACGUUGGGAGGCUGCAACCGCUUCAUUUUGUUAUUGUCAUCCCAUUUUAAAGUGGCUUCCGCGCAGCAGUUUCAAGAAUGGAUUAAUUGGUGGUAUUGGAAGGAAUAAGAGUAGCAGGAUCAAUGAAUCAGGUUUGUUUAGUGUCGUUAAUUAUGUUAGCGUGUGUUUAUUAUUUCAAUGUACAAUAUUUGUAGUUGCCUUCAUUGUUAUCAUCUUUGGCUCGGGUGCUAAGAAGAUCUGUACAAUAUGGUUUUGCGAAUAAUGUGGGUAUCGGGGUGAAUAUCAUAAAAGUGGACCAUAGAUCUGCAAAUGUUUGGUAGAUAGAACAGUCUGGGAAUUGGUUUACUGAAACUUCGGCAGAUAUUAUGUAUAUCAUUUUGUUUUGUUUUAUUUUUAAUUUUAUGUGAAUGUUGAUUGUUGAA